GCUCGGCCGGAAGCCUGUGUCCGGAGCAGGGACUCGAGGUCGAGGCCGGCACCGCCCCGCCCCUCAGCCCGAGACCCCGGGGCUCCCGCUUCCCACGGGGUCUCCAGUCUGGAGCGCUCACGGGAUGAAGGAAGGCAGCCCUCAUCGGGGACACGUGGGAAAUCUGUGCCGGUCACGGUGCCAGGGGGCAGCUUUUCUUCAUAUUCUGAUGGCCCUGGCCCUGAGCCGGCUACACCGCCGGGGAGGGGGACCCCUCCACCUCCCCGCUGCGGCCUCUUUGGUCCCUAGGUUCCCUCCCGGCCUCCCGGGCCCACCGCUUGGUCCUCAAGGUCGGGGCCUCCCCCCUCCCGCGGGCCCCCACCCCAGCCUCCUUUACUUCUGGGCGGACUGUCCCAGCCCCAGCCGCCCCCUCACCCUCACACACACCUGAGCCCCCAAGGACUCCCCUCCACCGAAACCCCCUGUUGGGCCGUGGACCCCCAGACCCUGCCUCCCAGGCCUGGACGGCAGAACCUAAUCAGGCCUAAUCUCCCAGAGCUCCUGCGGGGAGGUUAAAUGAAGGCGGGGUUCCAGCGGGACUGGGGUCCACGCGGGGACAAGGGUCAGAGGGCAGAGCCUGGGUUCUGCGGGCGGCCCGCAGAACCAGGAGGCCUGUUGCCGGGUAACCCGAUCUCCCGGCACUUGCCCACACCCACCCUGAGCUGCAGACCCGCCAGUCUCCCGCCCUCUUUCCCUCUGUGGGUCCCUGAGAAGCGGCAGGAAGGGAGAAGCAAGAGCCCAGCCAGCAACCACACCCCCCCCCAACCCCCAGCCUCAGUUUCACUGUGAGGACUGGGCCGAAGGGCCCCCUGGGGCAGCAUCAGGAUGAGUCUGGGCAUCAUGGAGGAGGAAGACCUGGCUGAGUACUUUCGGCUGCAGUAUGGGGAGAGGCUGCUACAACUGUUGCAGAAGUUCCCGAACAUUGAGAACCAGUCGGAGUCUCCAUCCAUCCGGCUCCUGGAGAAGAAGAAGGAAGCCAAGAUCAUGCACCGCGCUAUGGAGCAGAAGAAGGAGAUAUUUCAGCGCCGAAUGGAAACCCUGAACCUGCGCUGGGAGGAGCUGGGUGUCAAGGAGGCCCAGCUGAAGGCCCACAUCCAGAAGUUCGAGCAGUUCAUCCAGGAGAACGACCAGAAACGGAUCCGGGCCCUGAAGAAGGCCAACAAGGAGCGGGAACUGAAGAGGCAGCGCCUGCGCGAGCUGGCCAUGGCCAAGCAGGAGAUGGCGGCCUUGCGGCUGGAGCACCAGAGGCUGAGCGGGAGGCUGCAGGACUACUCUGUCUUUAACAAGUACCUGGAGAAGGUGGUGGAGAGCUCGGAGUUCGAGGAGAUCCACGAGGUGAUUUCGCGCUACAAGACGCUGGUGAGCAUGCACCAGGACCUGAUGCAGUCGGCGCAGGAGGGCCAAGAGAAGAUCGAGCGCGCCAAGGCGCGGCUGGCGCGCUACAUGGAGGAGAAGGACGACGAGAUUCUGCAGCACAACAACGAGCUGGCACGGCUGCAGAUGCGCUUUGACCGGGCCCGCAGCGAUGUCAUCAUCUGGGAAUCUCGCUGGGCUCACAUCCAGAACACUGCCGCCAAGAAGACCCUCUUGCUUGGCACCAUUAAGAUGGCGACGCUGAACCUCUUCCAGAUCGUGAGCAAGCAGCUGAAGGAGACCACCACCGUGUCCCUGGAGGACACGCACAAACAGCUGGACAUGAUCCAGCAGUUCAUUCAGGAUCUGUCGGACAUCUGGGCAGAGGUGAGGAAGAAGGAACAGCAGCAAGUCCGGGUUUAAGAAGCAGCCACGGUUCCAGAACGUUCUGAGGCGGAGACUGAGAGAGGAUAGGUUUCCAGUGAGCUCGCGGUCCUGUCAGCCCAGUUCAGCCAUCUGGGACCCUUGUGCCUUUGUGCUGGCGAACACCCUGCCAUUGCCCGCCUCGAGCCUCAGUCCCUCCCCUCCCUGAAAACAUUAAAU